AUGAAUACUUGCGGAAACUGCAAAAAAGUAACAACUAACGCAGAGAACUUAAAGUGUGGUGUUUGUUUUCAAGUAUAUCACCACACAUGCACCGCUUUGACUACUACAAAUUUUAAAAAGAUGUCAAGAGACGCCAAGGCUUUAUGGAAAUGCUCUGCCUGUAAAAAAAUUGCUCCAAAGAGAUCGGGUGGUAAAAGUGACUCCCCCUGUCAGGACUCACAGGGAGGAGCCUCAAGUGCGGAGGAUUCUAGUGCCUUGUCAACGACGCCCACGACAAGCCCAGCCGGGAACAGCCGAGAUGACUUUCGAGCAGCAUUAAGAGAGGAAUUACCCUCGAUCCUGCGAGAAAUAAUAGCGGCUGAAAUGGCUCCUCUCCGAGAUGAAAUUAGUGCUUUAAAGAUAUCAGUUCAAUUUGCUAAUACAAAAUACGACGAAAUGAAACUUCUUUUAGACAAGCGCGACUCAGAGGUGAAAGAAUUGUUAACAGCCACCUCAUCACUUGAAAAGCAGUUGCAUGACAUGACAAUUAGGAUGGUUAAUCUAGAGCAAUAUUCUCGGGAGUCAAAUAUUGAAAUACAUGGCCUACCGGAAUUCAAAAACGAGGACUUGCCAAGAACUAUUUUAAAAAUAAGCGAAGUUGUCUCUGCAAACAUAGAGGAUUGUGAUAUACUUUCGUGUUUCAGAGUUGCAAAACUGAACCGCGCAACGAAUAAACCAAGAUCGGUAAUUGUCAAGCUUCGUAGUACUAGAUGUCGUGACGUCAUUCUGACUGCCAUUACUAAAUACAAUAAAGGCAAUCCUAAAGAGAAGCUUGACUCUCACGCUAUCGGUAUCGGCGGCGAGUCAGCGCGCGUUUAUGUGUCUGAGCAUCUCAGUCCCGAAAAGAAAAGUCUACAUGCUGCCACAAGAAUAAAAUGCAAGGAAGUGGGAUAUAAAUACGUUUGGAUUAGGAACGGUCAGAUUCUCAUCCGAAAAAGUGACCAGGAAAAAGCUAUUCGUAUUUCAUCGCAGGGACAGUUAAACGGCUUACGUUUAUGA